AAGCUGCUGCUCACCUGAAGCAGGUGCAUUGAGUAGGGGAAUAGUGGGCCAAGCAAGUGCCUGAUUUUUAGACACCUCUCUCGGUGAAGGAAAGUGGGCGCCUGCUGGUGUUUGGAUCAUCACUUGUGUUUUUUACAUUUAGAAAAGGACACUAUUUAUUUAUCCCUUCUAUAUUUUUUUUAAAAAGACCGCCUUUCCGCCUGCCAGGCACUAUACAAAGACGGUGUUUCAGGGGCUUUUUCGUUUUUGUUGCCGUAAAGCAGCGAGCGAGGUUUGCGACAGUCCUGGAGAGCGGCUUUCGUGGUGGUGGUUGUGUGGCGUUCUCUUCCCGCGGCGGCUUCCUCGCCAAGGGACUAUUGAGUGAAUAUGGCGGCUGAGGUGAAGUCUGUCUUGUUCGUGUGUUUGGGGAAUAUUUGUCGAUCACCUAUAGCAGAAGCUGUAUUCAGAAGACUCGUAAUUGAUCAGAAUGCUGAAAACAAGUGGAUGAUAGACAGUGCUGCUGUUUCUGACUGGAACGUGGGGCGCUCCCCAGAUGCAAGGGCUUUAAGCUGUUUAAGAAACCAUGGCGUUGAGACGGCCCAUAUUGCACGACAGAUUACAAAGGAUGAUUUCCUGACGUUUGAUUAUAUACUUUGUAUGGAUGAAAGCAAUUUACGAGAUCUGAAAAGGAAGAGCAAUCAAAUUCAGAACUGCAAAGCCCGAAUUGAGCUGUUGGGCAGCUAUGAUCCCCAGAAACAGCUUAUUAUUGAAGAUCCAUACUAUGGGAAUGAUGAAGAUUUUGAUACUGUUUAUGAACAGUGCCGUAGAUGCUGUACAGAGUUUUUAGUGAAACCUCAUUAACAUGCUCAGGUGUUCCUGAAAGUGACAAACAGUAACUCUUCUAUAGAAGGUGUGUUCUAGAACUUAACUAUCAAAUUGUAAUAAUGUGCCUUUAAAAGACAUUUCAGUUGAAUUUUAGUAAUUUUUGUGUUGCGCUGCAGUUCCUGUAUGUCCUAUUUGAGAAACAGCACACUUUCAAAAAUCAGUAUUGUGCUUGAUCAUCUGUGUAAUAGGAGAGAAGUUUUUCAAUGAAAAGAAUAAACAUGCAACUGAG